CAACUAGUAAUAGACAGUAUACCCGAUGAACACUUUGAUUAAUUGCCAGAUAAACCCUGACUUUAGCCCUUUUGUGGAAGCCCAAAAAGUUUUAGUCUUUGACCCAAUGUCCUGGUGGCUGGAACACUGUCUUUCGGGCUACUUUCAGCUCCUGGGCCUGGCCUGUGGCUGGAACGGCAACCGCCUGGGACGACUUUUUGGCAUUUGCUUCCUCCUGAUGGUUAUAACCGAGCUGUCCAACCAAAUAAGGAGAUUCUUUCGUGGUACAGAGACUUAUGGCAAGGUAUUCACCUUAUACUUUGUUCAGAGCAUUCAGAGCGUUAGUGUAGCAUACAGGGUCCUCCACUUGGGCAUCGCUUUGGGAGCAAUUGUCGAAAGCCGGCGGAGUUAUCGCCUCCUAGAGGAGUUGCCUGCAAUGCGGACCAGAAGCUUUCUCUACAGACAGUUCGUCCUGGAAAUGCUGCUGAUCUGCUACAUUCUCCUUGUGGGGUACUGGUCGGCGGUAUGGGGCGGAAUGUACCUAGAGAACCUCCGCUACGCCUACAGCACCCAAGCGGUUCGAGGUCGCUACCUGCAAAUCCAGCUCCUGGUGGAGCGCCUUGACUAUCAGAUGGAACUUCUGCUGCGCAAAGCUCAGGAAAGUGAUCUGGUGGACUAUCAAACCCUAAAAGCCGACUACGCCCGCCUGGCCAGGCUGUCGCGAAGAGUCACCCACCUCUACGGCUUCUCCCUGCUCCUCCUAAAUGUCCUGUGCACCGGUGACUGUCUUAUAGUGUGCAACGUCUACUUUAUGGGCGACUAUCUGGAGUACAUGCCCGAAAACUGGCUGCUCGUAGCCAUGGCCAGUUACGUGGUCCUCCCCACUAUCUACAAGCUAUCAACUUUGUGUGCUGCCUGCCACCGAUGUGUUGGAAAGUCGAAACUUCUGCAAAUUCAGCUCAAGGAUCGACCAGUACACACGCAUAAUGAGAGAGUCCAGAUCGAGGAGUUUUCUCUGCAGAUCAUGCAGGAUCCCAUACAGUUCGAAAUCUGUGGUAUCUACCACCUGAAUCUCCAGACCUUGGCAGGGGUAUUCUUCUUCAUGCUUGAGGCUCUGGUCAUUUUCAUGCAGUUCGUUUCCCUCAUCAGACCGCCAAUCAACGGUUAAUAAAUCAAAUAUUUGGGUUAGAGGUCAUCAGCCAAGGUGAAAACAUAACACAUGAUUCGCUUGUCAAUAGCAACAACACCCACAAUCCCAAAUUUUUCAACGUUAUUGCUUUUGUGCCUGCCUGAGCGUGCAGAAAAUACUCAGAAAUUGUACAAACGUUGCCCCGACACGCGAAGGUCACUCGUGUACAAAUGCAGUACCCAAAAAGUAGCAUGCACUGCUUAAAUACUUAUGCCUGUGAUGCCUGUUUCCGCUUCCUCUGUUUCCUCUUCUUCGACUGUUCGACAGGCAUCAGAAAAAACGGAAUAAAAUGGUAUGAUUAAAUAAGAAAAGACAGAAGAAGGCGAUUCCUUUCCUUAAUAUACAGGGGUGCCACAGAAAACACUAGUGAUGUGGCGAAUCUAUGUAACAAGUCUGGAAGUAAGUUUAUUUUUAAAGAGGAAUACAAUUUGGGAAUUAUUUAUUAAAACUUG